GUCGCUGUGGUAAUUAGUGAGGACCGUGGAUCGGGAAGUGUAGCGCCAUAAACACGGUACAGAUGUCAGUAGGAAUGGUCUAAACAGCCACGAAGAGCGAACUGGUCUUUUUUCUGUUGUUGUUGUGAGUUUGUAGAUAAUCACUCUUCACCAAAUGACGAAAUAAAAGGGAACAUCUAGCCAAGGGUCUGUUUGUCCACUCCCCCUGAGAAGAAUGAAGGGGUUAUACCUGGUAGAGCCACUGGUAGCCUUCUAUUCCUUUGCCAGUUUCCUGGUCUACCCCCUGAUACAACAGUAUGUGUACAGGAGACUAUGGCAGGAGCUGACCAACACCACCUACCCUGUCUCUGACAACACCUCACGCUGCGAUCCUUCCAACACCAGCAGCCACCAUGAGGAGGUCCAGAAGGCGGCGUCUCUCUUCUCCCUCUACACCGAGCUCUUCUCCAUGAUCCCCUCCCUGGCAGUCACCCUCGUCCUCGUCGCCUACAGCGACCAGCGCGGACGCAAGAUCACCAUCAUCCUGCCUCUGAUUGGCUCUCUGUUCUACGCCCUGUCUUUCCUGGCCGUCUCCUUCUUCGAGCUUGACCUCUACCUCCUCAUCGUCUCGGCGUUCGUCAGCGCCCUGUUCGGGGGCUCUGGGACCUUCCUGGGUGGUUGUUUCUCCUACAUCGCUGACCUGUGUGAGGACGGACAGCAGAAGACCCUGCGUAUGGCCGGGGUGGACAUGGUGAUCGGCCUGCUGUCUGGAGUGGCCUCUCUCUCUACGGGAUACUUCCUCCAAGCAGCAGGCUUCAACUGGCCCUUUUUCACCUCUGCUCUGUUCCAGUGUUUCAACCUGAUCUACGCCGUCUUCAUCCUGGAGGAGACGCUCCAACGACCUCCAGAUGACCCCCUGGACGGAUCCCCGCGCCGCACCGCCAUGCGUCAGCUGGCCUGCGGGGUCUACCAGCUGUUUGCAGGGGCCAGCAGGAGGCGCAAUAUCCUCCUGGUUCUCCUCUUGCUCCUCUUCUCCUCCUUCUCCUUCGCCAACAUGGGCGGGCUCUCCAUGAUCACGCUGUACGAGCUCAACCAGCCGCUGUGCUGGACCGAGAUCCUGAUUGGCUACGGCUCGGCGCUGUCCACCACGGUGUUCCUGACCAGCUUCGUGGGCGUGACGGUGUUCUCUCGCUGCGGCGUGCCCGACCUCGUCAUCAUUCUCAUGGGGAUACUGAGUGUCAUGGCGGGUAUGACCCUGGUGGCCUUCGUCAAGACUACGCUCAUGAUGUUCCUGGUGAGGCUUCCAAUGCUGCUGGCUAUCAUGCCGUUCCCCGUGCUGAGAUCCAUGAUGUCAAAGAUCGUAUCAAAGAACGAGCAGGGAGCGUUGUUUGCGUGCUUGGCGUGCCUGGACAGUGUAAGCAUCAGUGUGGCGAUAGCUGUGUUCAAUAGUCUCUACGCUGUCACGGUAACCUGGUACCCUGGAUUCUGCUUCCUGUUGUCUGCUGGACUCUGUGUCAUCCCCUUGGCAAUGCUAGCGGGUGUGGGGCUGCUGGGAGUGGAAGAAGGUAAAGAAGCCAAGGAGACGGAGGCCCUCAUCCCUGGAGAGGAAGGUCUCGCUGGGGACGAGAACGACAAUCCUCCCCUCACCUGAGACUGGAGGCCUGGAGUGGGAAGACUGGAAACCCUGGUGCACUUUUCUCUUUUCUCUCUCCGUGUCAAUGUCUGUUCUGACAGACAGAGAGCUACACUCUUAAUCCUCUGAGUAUAAAGCCAUCAGAGAGAGAGAGAUUACCUCAGGUCAACUGCUCUGCUAUAAAGCCCUUUUGGAAAUAUGCACUAUUAGCACGUGUGUCACUUUUAUCAAUAAUCAUGGCAGAAACAUUUUAAAAGGAAAUACAAUGUGUGAAUAUGUGCCAUGUUUAACUAUGUUAAAACAAAAGUAUAUGUUUUCAGAGUGUUUCAAAUCCAACCGUACGAGGUCCUGAUUCCUGCUGGUUUUCUGUUCUACCUGAUAAUAAUUGUACCCACCUGGUGUCCCAGGUUAGAGGUGGGACUAUGGGAGAAAAGCAGUGGAACUGGCUUCCAGGUCUCUACUGUAUAUAGGGCACUACUUUUGACCUGAUCCCCUAUGCGCCCUGGUCAAAAGUAGUGCACUAUAUAGGGAAUUAGGGUGCCAUUUUAGGGCACAUAUGUAUGUUUUUAGUAACUGAUGCAGCCAUUCCAAUGCAUCUUAAAUCUAAGGUUUAACUAGGUUUGUUUGGGGGGGGGGGGUUUGGUUUGGUUUUCCUAGUCCCUGUACUCAGGGUCAUUUCUCUGUCAACUUUCUUUGAAUCCCUGGUAUAACAUCUAAAGGUUUAGAUGUAUUAAAUAUAAAACAUUGCUUCCAUAUGCACCUCACACAGCAGUAACUAGAGGACAUGAGUUGUAUAUAGAGGAUACAUGAAUAACUGAUCCUCUUAUCACUCAUCAUGGUGGAAUAAUAAGAUCCUCUUAUCACUCAACAUGGUGGAAUAAUAAGAUCGUCCUAUAACUCAACAUGAUGGAAUAAUAAGAUCCUCCUAUCACUCAUCAUGGUGGAAUAAUAAGAUCGUCCUAUCACUCAUCAUGGUGGAAUAAUAAGAUCCUCUUAUCACUCAACAUGGUGGAAUAAUAAGAUCGUCCUAUAACUCAACAUGAUGGAAUAAUAAGAUCCUCCUAUCACUCAUCAUGGUGGAAUAAUAAGAUCGUCCUAUCACUCAUCAUGGUGGAAUAAUAAGAUCCUCUUAUCACUCAACAUGGUGGAAUAAUAAGAUCGUCCUAUAACUCAACAUGAUGGAAUAAUAAGAUCCUCCUAUCACUCAUCAUGGUGGAAUAAUAAGAUCCUCUUAUCACUCAACAUGGUGGAAUAAUAAGAUCGUCCUAUCACUCAACAUGGUGGAAUAAUAAGAUCCUCCUAUCACUCAACAUGGUGGAAUAAUAAGACCCUCUUAUCACUCAUCAUGGUGGAAUAAUAAGAUCCUCUUAUCACUCAACAUGGUGGAAUAAUAAGAUCCUCUUAUCACUCAUCAUGGUGGAAUAAUAAGAUCCUCCUAUCACUCAUCAUGGUGGAAUAAUAAGACCCUCCUAUCACUCAUCAUGGUGGAAUAAUAAGAUCCUCCUAUCACUCAACAUGGUGGAAUAAUAAGACCCUCUUAUCACUCAUCAUGGUGGAAUAAUAAGAUCCUCUUAUCACUCAACAUGGUGGAAUAAUAAGAUCGUCCUAUCACUCAACAUGGUGGAAUAAUAAGAUCCUCCUAUCACUCAACAUGGUGGAAUAAUAAGACCCUCUUAUCACUCAUCAUGGUGGAAUAAUAAGAUCCUCUUAUCACUCAACAUGGUGGAAUAAUAAGAUCCUCUUAUCACUCAUCAUGGUGGAAUAAUAAGAUCCUCCUAUCACUCAUCAUGGUGGAAUAAUAAGACCCUCCUAUCACUCAUCAUGGUGGAAUAAUAAGAUCCUCCUAUCACUCAACAUGGUGGAAUAAUAAGACCCUCUUAUCACUCAUCAUGGUGGAAUAAUAAGAUCCUCUUAUCACUCAACAUGGUGGAAUAAUAAGAUCCUCUUAUCACUCAUCAUGGUGGAAUAAUAAGAUCCUCUUAUCACUCAACAUGGUGGAAUAAUAAGAUCCUCUUAUCACUCAUCAUGGUGGAAUAAUAAGAUCCUCCUAUCACUCAUCAUGGUGGAAUAAUAAGACCCUCCUAUCACUCAUCAUGGUGGAAUAAUAAGAUCCUCCUAUCACUCAUCAUGGUGGAAUAGUACUUUCUGUUGUGAUGUUGUACAGUGUACAUACAGGUUACAUAGUGUAGGCUAACCCAUCCGUAUCAUUAUCCAUGUCAUUGCAGAAGGGAAAUUAGCAAAUUGAUUGUUGCAUGUUCAGGUACGUACAAUUACUCCGAUUCCUAGAACACCCUGUGAAGUGAAAGUCACAUUGGCUGGAUAUCUAACGAAGAGAAAGGAAUAUUGGUCAGAUGUCUAACAAACAGAAAGUGAUAGCAGACAGCAGCAGUAGUCUGCGUACUAGGGUGUUUUCAAGUGUCUAGGCAGUAUUAGCAGGUUUAGGGUAGCCUCCCUGUGCACAGAUGGGUAGUCUAUGAGUCACGCCACGUGUUUGUUCCACCUACCUGCUUAUAACAACCUGUUCAGCACUCUCUCAAUGUUUUCGCACAGAAAUACAACAUGGUAGACUUGUAUAGACGCUCAAGGAAAUGCACGUUCUGUGUGGCCUAUGUAAUGACUCGUUAGCCUCCCGGUGAGCCAAACUGGUUGAAAAGACCAGUUUUGCUCACCAGUCUAGUCCCAGAUCUGUUUGUGCUCCCUUCCAAUUCCAUUGCUGUCAUUGGCACACACAGCUGACUCUCAGGCUAAUGACAUGAUGUUGCUGAGUUAAACUGAAUGCUGGUUGUCACAUCAACUUCACUGUUACAAUAGUUUACUUCCACUUCCAUUGAUUAACCACAUUGAUCAAUAACUCAGAAAUGAUCAACUGAUCAUGUAAAAAAAAAAAAAAAAACAGCAUAUAGUAAAAUGGAUGCAAAUGACAGUAUUGGGGAAAUACUAAUUUAGAUACAAAUGUUUUUAACGUUUUAAUUUGAGCCAUUGGUUGUGGGCUGUUGUUUACAUUUUUUUUAAUAUAAUUUUAGAAUGCCACAAAUGUUUGUGUAACAAAACAAAAAAAAAAAUGUUUUAUUUAAAAAUAAAAACAUGUCUACGAUGUC